CGAGCAAGCGACAGUGUUGUGCAGCGCUCGCUCAGAGUUUAUAAACAAACAUUAAACGCAUACGCAGCAAACGGAACAACCAGUUGGACACCCCAGACCCUGCCCGCAAUCUAAUCGCUGCGAGAGUCUCCGUGUUACGCAUCUGCAUCCGCCCCCGCACUGAAUCCCAAUCCGCAAUGCUGAAGAUCGCCGCCGAGGGCAUCGCGCCACGUCUGGCGGCCUGUUGCUCGAUUGGAGCAAAGAGCAGCGGCCAAAGAAUGGCGCCCCAGGCGGCCAGGGGCACACAGAAGUACCUGUCGCAGUCGCAGCACCUCCACAAGAAGCUGGUCAUCAAGGACCACUACGAGUUCGAUCAGAAGGUGAUCAACAGCGACAACCCGGUGAUCGUGAACUUCCACGCCGAGUGGUGCGACCCCUGCAAGAUACUCACGCCCAAGAUGCUCGAGUUGCUGGAGAACUCGAACGAGAUCGACCUGGCGGUCAUCGAUGUGGAGACGAACCUGGAUCUCGUGGAGACUUUCGAGGUGAAGGCCGUGCCCGCUGUGCUGGCCUUCAGGAACGGCGUCGUGGUGGACAAGUUUAUUGGCCUGGUGGACGCCAACAGCAUCGAGACGCUAAUCGACAAACUGAAGCGGAAGCAACAGCAGAAGCAGUAGUGAGUUGUAGCAGCGAUGCAGAGAUGGAUUAGAUCAGGGAUGCUAUGAUUUUACACAUGAAACAGGAGACUGGAACUGCGAUAUAUAGCCCAAUGCGGAGGCAGGAUUUGCGAUCAUCGAUGCUGAAAGAAUUUUGUGCACAAAAUACCUUAAUAUGCAAUAAAACUAACUUUAAUUAUGGCUACUUUUAA